AUGAAGUGCCACAAGACACCAGAAGAAUGGAAUGACGUAGCAAAACGAUUCGCCUCCAAGUGGAACUACUUCAAUUGUGUGGGAGCCCUGGAUGGGAAGCACAUCGCGAUCAAGAAACGCAAAGGUGGAGGAUCACUGCAUUUCAUUUACAAGAAGUUUCACAGCAUCGUCCUCAUGGCCCUCUCCGAUGCAAAGUGCAAGUUCCUGUUCGUCGACAUCGGUGCAGAAGGAGAUGUUGGGGAUGGAGGAACCUGGCAGAAGUGCAACCUGGCCAGGGCCAUCACAAACAACCGAGCAGGACUUCCACAAGAUGGAAAUCUGCCCAAUGACGAUGAACCCAUCCCCCACAUAGUCGCCGACGAUGCCUUCGCUCUCAAUACGUGGUUAGUGAAGCCCUACUCCCUCCAAUCACAAGAUCCCACCAAACGAAUAUACAGCUACAGAUUAUCUCGCGCUUGUCGUGUGGUGGAGAACGCAUUUGGCCUGCUGCAGAUGAGAUGGCGAGUCUUCGGGACGACGAUGUAG